AUGGUUCGCAUCACCACGUGGAAUGUCAACGGCAUCCGCAAUCCGUUCGGGUACAAGCCAUGGAGCACGAAUCGCACCUUCAAUGCCAUGUUCGACAUCCUCGAGACCGACAUUGUGAUUAUGCAGGAGCUCAAGAUCCAGCGCAAGGACCUGACGGACGACAUGGUGCUGGUGCCGGGCUGGGACUGCUACUUCAGCCUGCCCAAGCACAAAAAGGGAUACUCGGGCGUGGGAAUAUACACGCGCCAAUCUGUCUGCGCCCCUAUCCGCGCCGAAGAAGGCAUUCUAGGCGCUCUCUGCCCGCCCAAUUCCACGACGCCCUACCGCGAGCUCCCCGAAUCCGCCAGCAUCGGCGGCUACCCCACUCCCACGCAGCUUGCAGGCCUCCCGCCUGAGCUGGACCCCGAAAGCCUGGACCUAGAGGGGCGCUGUCUGGUCCUCGAGUUCCCGGCGUUUGUCUUGUUUGGCGUCUACAGCCCGGCAAACAGCAAUGGCUUACGAGACGGAUUUCGGAUCGGCUUCCUCACUGCGCUCGAGACACGGAUACGGAAUUUGGCGAAGAUGGGGAAGAAUGUGAUUCUCACCGGAGACUUGAAUGUCUCGAGGGAUUUGAUUGAUACCGCAAGGGCCGAGGAGCACAUGCGGGCGGAGGGCAUGACGCAUGAGGAAUAUCUGAGCACGCCGAAUCGCCGCAUUUUCAACCAGCUCCUGCUGAACGGGGAGGUGCCGGGUCAGCGGGAUGAGGGGCGGGAAGAACCGGUGCUGUAUGAUUUGUGCCGCGAGUUCCACCCUGAUCGCGAGGGCAUGUUCACACACUGGGAGCAGAAGAUCAAUGCGAGGCCGGGUAACUUCGGUUCCCGGAUUGACUUUAUACUCUGCAGCAUCACAAUCAAGGACUGGUUCCAGGACGCAAACAUCCAGGAGGGGCUGAUGGGCUCAGAUCACUGCCCGGUAUAUGCAGUCACAAAGGAUAGAGUACCGGUGCGGCGGAAGUCCGGAACAGAGACCAUCGAAGAGGAGGUACAUGUGCUGGACCUGAUGAAUCCAACGGGUAUGUUCAAGGACGGGGUACGGCAGCGCGAAUAUGAUACAGUCAAGGACGUCCCGCCUCUGAGUGGGAAACUCCUCACAGAAUUUACUAAGAGAAGGAGUAUUAGAGACAUGUUCAGCAAGAAGCCCGCACCGCUCAAGGCUACUCCAGCACCCAUGCCUACGGUGACUGAGCCAAGCGUCUCAGCAAAGACUGAGACCCCAAACACCUCGAGCGCAGUCGAAGACAGCAUGGACAGAGAUCUACAGUUGGCACUUGAGGCCUCUAGAGCAGACAUGUAUUCGUACACGAAUGGCAAACCUGCAUCUUCUCAAAGCCCUCUCAAGUCUGCUGAAAAGAGACGCGCCUCGGCCUCUGGGUCCCCUGUAAAGCCAACCAAGCGUGGUAAAUCUGGCGCUCUAGCUGCCACGUCCAAAGCGAACAAGGGGCAGCAAUCGCUAAAGUGCUUCUUCCAGGCGCACAGCAAACUUGCAGAGGCCAGCCCACCCAGCGACGAAGCACCACCGGCCACUGAUUCGCCCAGUCAAACUGCCACUGAUUCGUCUCCGCCUUCACCACCCGUAGCUACCGAGUCUUUUGACUCUGAUCCACGCGCUUCCCAAGACGCGUCGAAAGAGGGCUGGACGAAACUCUUUUCUAAGAAGCCAGUUCCGCGGUGUGAGCACGGCGAACCUUGCAUAGUCCUGACCACCAAGAAAGCGGGGGUCAACUGCGGAAGGCAAUUCUGGAUCUGCCCAAGGCCGAUUGGACCAAGUGGGCAGAAGGAAGUGGGGACGCAGUGGCGGUGCGGGACGUUUAUGUGGUGUAGUGACUGGAAGGGCAGUUGAAGAGGAGGCAGAGAGCAGUUGUGGAAUGCUUGCUAGUGUAUGAUGGCGAUGUUGCUUCGACGGCUCGGCCCAGGUGGUGCUCGAGAGAAGAUUGAAGAUAACGCCAUAUCGUGCGGGAAUGGCGGUCAAGCAAGCACAUCGAGUCACAGGACGGGUGAAGGAAGCCGGAUAUGCGCCCAAGAGAGAAAUUCGAGUCAUGGCGAACGCGCGCGUAGGAAAUCAAGAGUGGACGAGAAGUAGGAG